AUGGUGAGAAGACUUGCCCUCCGUAGACGACGGCGAGGCGGCCGCCAUGUCAGCAUUCUUGGAGGACAGGAUGAAGUUGGUGGUGCCAAGAGCGGCCGCUUCCAGCAGCCAAUCAACGGGCCGCAAAAUCUCAGGCAAAGCGACAAAUCUAUUCCACGACUUCAUCUUCAAAUCCUCGACAAUACAUGCAUCCUUCCAGCAUACGAACACGGCGGAAUUGCGAUCACGAUGGCGACAGACACAGAGUCAGUGAAGAAGCAACCCAAGUCAUUCGAGGCGCUUACGCCAGAGCUGUCAUCAUGGAUCCUAGACUUCACUCAAGGGAUGAACUUCUCACGGACAACGCCUGUACAAGGCAUGGCGAUACCCUUGUUGAUGGGCAAUAAGGAUCUGGUUGUUGAGGCUGUGACCGGCAGUGGCAAGACGCUCAGUUUCCUGAUACCGAUCGUCGAGCGGUUGCUGAAGGCCGAGGAUCCAAAUCGAAAAGGCCAUGUCCGCAGCAUUGUUGUCGCACCCACGAAGGAACUAGCUAGUCAGAUCUACGACGUCCUGAAAGGCCUCCUUCAGUAUCACACACCUUCGGCAGCGAAGCUAAAUCCACCUCCGGAGCCGGAUAGUGAUGAUGAGGACACACCCAUGUCAGAGAUGCCCCCUGGACCGUACAUUAUACCUCAGCUACUUAUCGGCGGCCGAACAAAGCUUCCCGAGGACAUUGCCACUUUCGCCGAACUGAAUCCCAAUGUCUUGAUUGGAACGCCGAAGCGGCUCUCGGAAGUUCUGCAGUCGUCAAAAGUCGUGUUGAAGAGGCAUUGGUUUGAUCUCUUGGUUCUAGACGAGGCAGACAGACUGCUUGAUCCCAACUUCCAGCCCGACCUUCAGAAGAUCCUCGAACUCGUGCCCAAGGACCGCCGAACUGGUUUGUUCAGCGCCAGCGUGUCACAGGCGGUCAACGAGCUGGUGAGAGUGGGCAUGCGGUAUCCAUUCAAGAUCAGCGCACGAGUACGGUCGCAGCAGACUGGAGCACUGGACAAGCGAACCCCGGAAAGUCUGAAGCUGUGCUAUAUCGUUCCAAAGCCGACUAAGAAGAUCCCAACGUUGAAGAGGGUGCUACAAGAACGAGCGGCAGAAAAGUCGAUAGUCUAUGUUUCGACACGAGCUGGAGUGGACUACUGGUCGCAUGUUCUGCCCUCGAUACUGGCAGUGUCUGUCUUUCCGCUACACGGCGACCACAAGGCAGAGAUUCGUGCGAAGAAUUUGAUACGAUUUCGCGAUUGUCAGACACCCGCCAUUCUGCUCACAACGGAUGUCCUUGCGCGAGGGAUCGACAUCCCCGACAUCGAUCUGGUCAUUCAGCUGGAUCCUCCAUCACAGCCCAAGGACUUCAUACAUCGCUGUGGUCGUUCUGGAAGAGCGGGAAAGCGCGGCAUGGCUAUCACCUUUCUGAGCGAGGGGACGGAAGAGGACUACAUUAAGUACCUGGAGAUUCAGGGCACGAAAGUCGAGCCACUUCCCAAUCCUCCUGAGGUAGCCGACGAGGAGGCGGACGACGUUGUGCGCCAGAUCCGGAGUGUCCUAACGCAGAAGCGAGAGCUUCACGACCGCUCACAAAAGGCAUUUGUCAGUUGGGUUCAGGCGUACAACAAGACAUUACCAGGCGACGUAUUCGAUAUCCGUCGACUUGCAUGGCGGGAAAUCGGGCGAGCUUGGGGCCUGCUUAGAUGGCCGAAGAUGCCAGAGUUGAGACGCUACCUUCCACAAGCCUUCGAAGAUCGGAAGUUUGGCCUGGAGGUACCCGACAACAUCAAGAUCGACGACCUUAAGUACGCAGAUAAGGUCAGAGAAGGCAGACGGCAAGAAAUGCUCGCAGCUCGAGCUCGCGGAGAGAAGCCUCAACUUCCUUCUCGGCUGGGUGGCGCCGCUGCUGACCAGAGACGCAAGAAAGAGAAUGCAUGGAGUGUGCAGAAGGACGCCAAGGCCUUGCGAGAGACGAGGAGAGAGCGGAAGGAGGUCCGACGGAAAGCUGAGAAGGUCAGCAAAAUGUCUGAAGCUGAGAUGAAGGAGGCGAUGCAAUUGGAGGAUCUGGUUGCGAAAGUGAGGGAGCAGCAUGCGAGGGAGGAGGAGUCGUUUGAGGGGUUUGCGCGCGUCGAACGUGUGGUGGCCUGUGCGCCCAAAUUUGUCCAUCUCGACCUUGAACAUCUGAAUCGACUACGACGUCAACAUCUUUCAAUGAAACCACCAUACAUUUGCCGCAGCUGCCUUUCAGCCUUCAAGCAGACCCGCAGUCACAAUGCCCCCAUCAACCGCCCCUACACCCGCCCCUCGUUCGCCUCAAAGCCAAUCCUAAACCUCAAGCACAUGCGCCAAAACCCGGGCCUCUACGAACAAAACUGCCUCGACCGCAACUAUCCCGCCGUCUCCCGCAACGCAUGGAAGAUCCUCGAUAUCCACAAUGCUCUCGUUGUAAAGCAGAAAGAAACUCUAGACUUGAGGAGAAAGAACAAUGAGCUCGGGAAGAGUAUACAGCGACAGGCGGGGAUGGGGGAUGAUGCGCAGGGAGGCGGGGCUGGCGGGACGAGCGCGCUGAUUGAGGAGGCGAAGAGGAUGAAGGAGGAUUUGAGGCAGUUUGAGGUGUGGGAGGGGGAGGCGGUGGAGGAGAUGCUGGCGCUGGGGCUGGAGGUGCCAAAUUUGAGUGAGGGGAGUACGCCCGUGGGGAAGGAUGCGGUGGUGCUGGCACAUAUUAAUGAGCCGCCCAACUCAGACGAACGAACUAUUGGGAGAAGCCAUGUGGAUAUCGGCAAGGAGCUGGGCAUCCUUGACUUCGAGUCCAGUGCGACGACGAGCGGUUGGGGGUGGUACUUUUUACAAAACGAAGGAGCGCUGUUGGAGCAGGCUUUGGUGCAGUAUGCGCUGGAGGUGGCUAUGAAGCGAGGAUGGAAGAUCAUGACGCCGCCGAGCUUGGUGUAUGAGCACAUAGCUUCUGCUUGUGGAUUCAUGCCUCGAGACCAGAACGGUGAGACCCAGCGAUAUGAGAUCGCCAGUGAUCAGACAGGACCUUCGUCGGACAAGCCGAGCCUGGUGCUUGCUGGAACGGCAGAAAUACCUUUCGCAGGCUCACAGGCUAACAAGACUAUGACGGCAAGUGAGCUGCCGCUCAAGGUCAUCGGCCCUUCGCGCUGCUAUCGUGCAGAGGCCGGUGCUCGAGGUGUAGACACGAAAGGUUUGUACAGGGUGCACGAGUUCACGAAAGUGGAAAUGUUCGCCUGGACUGCUCCUGCUACGCCUCAAGAAGGCCGGUUCGGCUCUGGUGACGAAGAGCCCAGCCAGUCCGAUAUAGUGUUCGAGGAGAUGCUCGCUAUUCAGCAGGAGAUCAUCAGUGGUUUGGGCCUGCAUGCACAGAUAGUGGAGAUGCCUUCUACAGAUCUUGGUGCAGCUGCGGCGAGGAAGGUGGACAUCGAGGCUUCCUUCCCCUCACGGAAGAGCAUUAAUGGUGGCUAUGGCGAGUUGACUUCAGCAAGCAUAUGCACUGAUUAUCAGACACGAAGACUUGGUACGAGAUUGAAGUUCCCAGCUGGAGGAGCGCUGGGCUUCCCGCACACGCUCAAUGGAACAGCUCUGGCGGUGCCACGAGUGAUUGCUUGUAUACUGGAGAAUGGCUGGAAUGAGAACGAUAGGACUGUGACGAUUCCUGAGUGCCUGCGGAAGUGGGUGCCAGGUCAAGCUGCGACGAUCAGUGGCAAAGGUCGCAAGGGCUGA